CGAGCAAGCAAUUCAAUGCAGAGCAUCGUUUGGAAAAGUAGCAAUUUAAAAUAUGAAACUAUACUUGUAUGCACAGUUAAUGGCUCUAUUUAUGAGUUUGUUAAAGGCAGAUAAGAAAAUCCAUUGUCGCUACAGUGCCCAGGCGUAUUAUCGCAAAUUUCCGUAUAAAUUUGAACCGGAGAAUAUUGAUCCCAACUUAUGCUCAUAUUUGGGUUUUGGCACCUUUGGCAUAGAGGAUACUGGGGCAAUUAAGAUAGACCAUUAUUUUAUGGACCAGCAAUUGGGUUUGAUAAAAAACACUAUAGCCUUGAAACAGAAAAAUCCAGCCUUGAAAGUUUUAGCUGUUGUAAGAGGCAGUUUCGAUGAGUUUGACAUUCAAAAACGUCAGAACUUUAUCGAUACAUCGGUACAUUUUAUGGAGCAAAAUGGUUUUGAUGGUCUAGACUUGAAUUUCUUAUACCCCAGAGAAGUGAACUUGGGUGAUCAUCGAAAUGUCUAUGAAACGUUGUUGCAGGAAUUGCAUGUGGCAUUAAGUGUCCGUAAUUUAGAGUUUGGUAUAACCGUGAGUGGUCUUGUGGAAUAUCCUCGAGCAUUUGUCCCCCAUAUUUCCGCAUAUGUUAUUUUCAUUAACAUUAUGGCAUAUGGAUAUGGCAGCGAGUCAGUAUUAGACUAUGAUGCUCCUUUGCAAUCAUCGAAUGGUAUGGUCGGUGGUGCCGAUGGUAUAUUUGAUGUUGAAUCUUGCAUCAGCUAUUGGUUGAAGCUUGGUGCUCCAGCCUACAAAUUGAACUUGGGUUUAAGUAUUCGCGGUAUGGCCUACCUAACGUAUGUCACACCCAAAGAGCUUCGAAAACCAGGUAAACUUGUCAAGGUAUUGCUGUACAAUGAAAUCUGUGCAAUUAGAAAGAAUUUCGAAGAGGCAUUCGACAGUGUUCAAGGUGUACCAUACAUGAGAAAUGUAACACAUUGGAUUUCGUAUGAGAAUGCCCAAAGCCUGGAUUUGAAGCUGAAUUUAGUCACUCAGUACGAUUUAAAUGGCAUUAUGAUAAGAGACAUAGGCGAUGAUGAUUUCCAUGGCGUUUGUGGUGAACGUUAUCAUCUGUUGCAAUUCGCCAGGCGAAAAAUUCUAGGCAAAUACGAGACCAUCAAUGGAAUAUCCUGUCCUAAGGGAAAAACAUUUGAAAAUCGCUGUUACAGAGAAUUUUAGAAA